AUGUCUGUCCCUCGAGGAACGACCUCUGCCCUCCCGAACCCACACAGGGCGCUUUCCUGUUACGACAUCCUAUGCAUGAUCUUCGACCAUUUCGAGCGAGAAGAUCCCUGGUACGACCACGACACUUCUAUUGGCGACGCGAACUCUUGGUUCGCUCGACAGGCGGAUGCCCUCCGCAAACGUACCCUCGGACGAUGUGCACUCGUGUGCAAGGCCUUCUCCGACCCAGCCCUCGCCAUUCUGUGGAGGAACAUCGACAAUUUGUCGCCUUUCCUGUCUGUUGCGCAGUCUUCCCUGCGAUCCAUCCCUGGGUCAGCCUUGCAGGUCGUCCACCUCGCCGAAGCAGGCACGCGCGUUUCGCACUAUGCGCGACACAUACGCGCUGUCUACGGUCUCGGAACGACGCUGCAGGCGUCUGCACAGAAUUUGUCACUUUUGCAAACUGGCACGGCGUCAGCGCCUCUCCUCCCGCAACUUCAACGUUUACGUUGGGUGCAGGUCGUACCAUCUGGAGACGAGCUUUUGCAAUUCCUCUCUCCUUCGGUCCAUAGCCUCCAUAUCAUCUUUCGCAAGGCGCCGACGUGGAGCGAGUGUGUCUCCUUGCGUGGCCAACCCUCGGAGUACGAGGUCUACAUACGUACGCUGCUCAAGGAGGUAGCCUCGAGGGUCCCGCAGCUACGCUAUAUUCGUCUUAGCACCACUGGCGACAUCCACGAGUCCUGGCUUGAGCCUCUUUGUUCCCUCAGGUACCUUGACACCGCCGACCUGCUCGAGCGCAUUUACUGUGAUGUAACGACGUCACCGCUAUUACGUCCGCUUGGCUCGCUUCAGGGCCUGCGACACCUGAAACUUCGCCUGCCUGCGGGAUUACCGCAAGACAUGGAGCGCGAGGCUUUCCCUGCGCUGGAGAGCCUUGUGCUAGACGCUAUGUUUGCGCCUCUCCGGACUGUCUCAGCGUUCCUCUCCGGGGUUACGUCUCGGCAUUUGUCCUCCCUGCUCAUACACGGCUGCGAGUGCGACACCACCACCGUCUCCUCGACCCUAUACGAGGUAUGCGACGUCGUGCGCGCACGCUUUGCUCCUUCUCUUCGGACGCUCGAGCUGGCGUUCCGGGGAGUCGGCCCCGUCGUAACUCACAACCAGCCCCUCAUCCAGACCAUCGAACCGCUGCUAGACUUGCACGACCUGAACGACGUCUCAAUCUCGAUCGCCCCAGAAAUCGCGAUCGUUCCCGCAACCGAGCACGAUCUCGGCAGGAUGGCCGAAGCGUGGCCGAAGGCGACCCGUCUGCACCUCUCCUACCUCCCCUCGGCCGCGUCGCCCUCGCUGAAGGACAUCGCGGGGUUCGCACAGCGCUGUGUGGGCUUGACGGACCUCGUCCUUCCCGGGAUCGACGCGUCCGCGUCUGCGUGCGAUGUCAAGUCGGAGACGGAGCUGUCGUCACUCGCAGCAAAGUACCAACAGGGAAAGGCGGCGCCGCACAAGCUGCGCUCGCUGUGCCUGUCGGACAGCGGGUGGAACUCGCAGAUCCCGGACCCGAUGCUGCUUGCCAAGUUCUUGGACGCGCUGUUCCCGGAGGUCGAGUGGAAGUGCCCGCCGCUCGCGUCGGACCACUGGCGGGAGACCAUCCAGGAGGUGCUGAACUUGCGCAUCAUGCGGAUGGUGCGGGAGAGAGGUUCGUUCAUCCGUGCUUGA